CAAUUCACAGUUAGUGUUAGUGUUUCAGUUAGUUUCAUGAAUCAUUCAUCUCUUGGACCCUUUGUUGAGAGAGCAAAAACUGAUGGACGACAAGCAACCAAGAUGGAUACUGUAUUAGUACAAGUGAUGCUCCAGGUGUAUGUGUCAUGACAUAACGGCUCUACAUUGUGUAGGCAUGUAAUCAAACAAAAAAUGUUGGAGAUAAAAAAAAUGUUACAGUAGAUAAGGCCAUGUAAUUGAGACAGUGUGUCACAUUUUAUAGGCAGAAAGUGUUCUGGUUCAAAUGAAUCAAGUCAACUCAUGUCUGUAUGUUGAUAAGCUUUAAAUUCACUGAUAAAUGCAGUUUUGUUUGUUUUACAAGAUAAGGAAAUGCCACUGAAAGAAAUUAUCAACUUAAGCUUAUUAUAAAUGGAGCAGUUUUAGCUAGAGCCACAAGAGGGCACUGUUGUGCCCUCACGUAGCUCAAGCAUACGGGCUAUGAGCGCUACUCAUGUUUUACUGUAUUGAGCAGCCUAUAUUACCAGGUAACUGCUUGCAAGUUAUAAGACAUUAUUAAUUUUAAAUAAAUACACUGAUAUAAGUUUACUUCCUCUGGGUGUGUUACAACAGAAAGGUAUUAAAUGUAGUGCUAAAUUACGAAAUGUAAAGUUUUAUCAUUUACUCCUCAUUUUCGGAGUCAGAAAACCUUACUUGAAACACUACUGAUAGUAUCUUAACUUCCUGGGGAUGAAUGAUGAAAUAAACUUCAGAAAAUGCAUUGAAAUAAAUUAAUAUAGUAUGACACUGAAGAGGUUUGUGUACUUGCUUACUAAGAAUGUGAAUAAUGCAUUCAUCGGCUUUUUUUUUUAAUUUUUUAUUUUUUUUUAUUUCAAGCAAUAAUUAUUCUCUUCUCACACUAUAGCUUAAGUAGUACUGUGGUAGACUGAAGGACGAUUCAUUGGCAAUCUGCACAUACAGAUCCUAAAAACUACCACCAGUCACUCACAAAUACAGGCAAGGUUAAGUGUUUUGCCCAAGGACACAACAGCAGUACACAAUGGUCAGAGCUGGGAUCAAACCAUCAAUCUUCUGCUUUUCUACUCAAAGUUGAAAUCCUUUUAUUACAUCAAAGAUAAAGUUGAUGGUUUGAUCCAGUAUUAUUAUCUUUUAUAAAUGGUCAGAGACUCAAUUCUACUUAAUACCACUAAAAUGUGCAGUUACAUGAGUGAUUAGUAAUAGCUUCUAGAGACAGUGCUAGAUGUUCAUGGGAUGUACUGCUGUAACACAAUCAGUGAGAGAUAAAAAGAUUGAGUGCACUGUUUAAUGAUAGACAUGACGUGGGUACUUUCAAUUAUCAAUAGUAUCUCUGAGCAAAAGCCUGACUCAGAGAACACCACCAGUGAAGAGAAAUACAUCCAAAAACACAAGACACAAUGUAUGAAGACACAAGAUUUGAUGUAAAUGUCAAUGUGUUUUUCAGAUUUGAACAUGAAACUUCUUCCAUCAACAACAAACAACUUAAGUCAACUGUAAAUAGAAUUGUGUCGAAUCCAAAAUGGACUUGUAUUGAAUAUUGUGAACACAUCAUCAUGUCAGGGUCACCACAAUGAUUGGUAUAAUAAUAAUGAAAAAACUUAUACUAUACAACAAAACACUUAAUCUCUUACUAUUUCCAAGAUAGAACAAGAUAAUCUAAAACUCUUACGAAAAGGACCAGUAUCUUAUUCAUGUAUUUUAGCUUUUAAAUAUUUACUUUCGGUUUAAGUUUCAAUAUGAAAUCUAGCUAUUGAUUUAUUUAUUUGACAACCCUGGUGUUUGAUCCUGAUUAAGUUUGUACAAAGACACACCUUUACCUCUUCAAAAACCUUUUUAACAACAGCUUUUUCUGAGAACAUUCCUUUUUUACAGGUGCUCCUGAACUUCCCGGAGACGGCACUGGCACAGACUAGUUUGAUAUCAGCUGGUCAAUUAAGUCAGGUCAUGAAAGAGAAGACCAGAGAGGAUCACGACUGAAUACUUGACAUAUUGGAACUUAAAUGGUGCUACUCAUACAGAACCUUGAAGUGAUGGCCUGGGAACAAGAGUUUAACUGAGUGCCUAAGGAGACCUCCUCCUCCACACAGACAGCUGCUGCCACAGUGAAUCAUCCUCCAACAUCACACAGAGAAGAUGGGCCCUCAGCGGGACCCUUGCCUUCUCCACAACCUCUCCUUCCACCCGCGAUGGGGACGUCAGCCAGCCAUGGACUACAAACAUAAAAGACCUUUACACCACAAAAGGAACUGUUAUCAGAAUAGUUUAUGCAAAUCAUUAUUAUUAUCAUCGCUAACACCACAGCUGCCAUUACCCCGAAUGAAACACACUGGGUCUAUAAACUUCAAACUCCUAUUCAUCUUUGUAUUACUAUCAUUUCUACCAUGUCAAGCCUGGGCCACAACAUUUAAAAUGGCCCUGGUUGGACCUUGGAAUUGUGAUAUUCUAUACUCCAAAGCCCUCCCUGAUAUAGCAGCACGCCUUGCCAUUGCACGCAUCAAUAAAGACCCGUAUCUGAACAAAGGUUACUGGUAUGACUACACUCUGAUCACUGAAGACUGUAAAUCAUCCCGAGCCCUGGCCCGCUUCGGGGAGAUGGAGGGCUACGGCUCUGCUUUCCUGGGACCAGCCAACCCCGCAUACUGCUCCUCUGCUGCUUUGUACGCAAAACAGUGGGAUGCAGGGUUACUCUCAUGGGCGUGUCUCAAGCCUCACAUGGAACACAUGCAUCCAAACUUUCUGCGUCCAUUGCCAUUGUCAUCCCAAAUUCUAUUCAAUGUGUUGAGGUACUUCAAGUGGGCGCAUGUGGCCAUAAUCUCAGAGGAGACUGAUAUUUGGGAGGCCACAGGGUAUGAGCUAGCAUCAUCUCUCAGAGCUCUUGGUUUGCCAGUUAAACCUGUCGUAGUGAUGCAGGGGGACAAAGAUGGACCUCGGCGAGCCCUGUCCAGAGUACGAGAGACUGAUCGUGUGCGAGUGGUUGUCAUGUGCAUGCCCUCUGUGCUAAUUGGAGGCCAGGCUCAAUACCAGCUCCUAACCACAGCUCUACACAUGCGUAUGAUUGACCGUGGCUAUAUUUUUAUCCCCUAUGACACCCUUCUCUACUCACUGCCCUACAAGGAUGUGUCUUACCCUAUGUUUGCCAAUGACACCAAGCUCCGGAAAGCUUAUGACGGCGUCCUCACCAUCACAAUGGACUCUGGAAAAAUGGAUUUCUUUGAGGCCUACAAAGAUGCACAAGAAAAGUAUGAGAUUCGCAGCAGCUCAGAGCCAGAGAACGUAUCUCCAUUCUUUGGGACAAUAUACAACAUGAUGUACUUCACAGCCAUGGCAGUGGAGCAAGCUCGAGAAAACAGUGGUCGUUGGGUAAAUGGAGAAAUCCUUGGUUACAAUCAAGGAAGCUUUGAAUUUCAAGGUUUCAACCAACAUCUCCAAGCUGGUAGAAAUGGUCAAGGCAUGCAAGCCAGAUUUGUAGUGCUGGACUACAGUGGCAUGGGCACAACUCUGUACUCCACUCAUGCUUUGGAAGCUAUUCAUAAUGAUGGGAAGACAGGAAGUUUGAAGUACCUAGGCCGUUCCAUACAUUUUGCCGGCAGCACUCCUUACACAGAUUCAAGUUGUUGGUUCAGUCCAUACUUUGCCUGUUCAGGGAUGGAUCCAGUCACACAAUUGUUCUUGUUCUUCUUUUUCUUUGCAUUGGCGGGAGGAGCCACAGUUAACCUGUUUUUACGAUUCAAGCGAAGUGGGCGAGUUGGACUCAGUUUUGGAGGUGGAAAUGGUGGAUCUCCUAAAGUGGUACUCUCAUUGGAUGACCUGGUUUUUAUCAAUACUCAGCUCAGCAAAAGGAAACUUGCAGAUGAAAGCCUUAUGAAAAGUCAGCUUGAUAUGAAGACCCCUCACCACUCUGUGUCAGGCAGGAGUUACAUGGCAUGCACUCCGGAAAGCUCAAAUGUUGCUGUUUUUGAAGGCGAUUGGGUUUGGUUGAAAAAAUGUCCCACUCAGGUUAUAAGCGUAAAUAAUGCAACAGAGGAUAUCUUUGUUAUGCUCAGAGACAUGAGACAUGAGAACUUAAACCUGUUUUUGGGACUUUUUUUGGACUCUGGGAUUUUUGGGGUUGUGACUGAACACUGCUCUCGGGGCAGCCUGGAAGACCUACUCAGUAAUGAAGAAGUGAGACUCGACUGGAUGUUCAAAUCGUCUCUGUUAAUGGAUCUGAUACGGGGGAUGAAGUACUUGCACCACCGAGGCAUUGUUCAUGGGCGGCUCAAGUCCAGAAACUGUGUUGUUGAUGGCCGCUUUGUGCUGAAGGUCACAGAUUAUGGAUUCAAUGCACUAUUACUGACUCAGAACAUCUGCGAAGAUGAUGAGAAACCUGAAGAUAUGUUUUGGACAGCUCCUGAGUUGCUUCGUAAUGCAACAGCAAGGAAAAGAGGCACCUUUCAGGGAGAUGUUUACAGCUUUGCCAUAAUUAUCCAGGAAGUUAUUAGCCGCUCUGCUCCUUUCUGUAUGCUUGACAUGCCAGCUACAGAAAUUAUCAACAAGAUCAGAGAGCCUCCACCAUUAUGCCGACCAACAGUGUCUGUGGAUGAGGCUCCGCUGGAUGUGAUUCAGGUGAUGAAACAAGCCUGGAGCGAGGAGGCAGAAAAAAGACCAAACUUUGAGGAAAUAUUCAAGCAGUUCAAGAACAUCACAAAGGGAAAGAAGACCAAUAUAAUUGAUUCUAUGCUACGCAUGCUGGAGCAGUACUCCUCAAACCUGGAGGAUUUGAUCCGAGAGAGGACAGAGGAGCUAGAGGUAGAAAGACAGAAGACUGAUAAGCUGCUGGCUCAGAUGUUGCCCAAGACUGUGGCUCAGGCUCUAAAACUGGGCAAACCCGUAAAGCCAGAGUAUUUUGAUGAAGUUACAUUGUACUUCAGUGAUAUUGUGGGAUUCACCACUAUCUCAGCUCUGAGUGAGCCCAUCGAGGUAGUUGAUCUUCUGAAUGACCUCUAUACCUGUUUUGAUGCCAUCAUCGGUUCACAUGAUGUCUAUAAAGUGGAAACUAUUGGAGAUGCUUACAUGGUAGCAUCAGGGGUCCCAAACAGAAAUGGAAAUCGUCAUGCAGCAGAGAUGGCCAACAUGUCUCUGGACAUCUUACACUGCAUUGGGACAUUCAAAAUGAGGCACAUGCCUGAACUCAAAGUUAGGAUUCGAAUCGGCCUCCACUCUGGCCCUGUGGUAGCUGGAGUAGUGGGUCUCACUAUGCCACGAUACUGUCUGUUUGGGGACACAGUCAACACUGCUUCACGAAUGGAGUCCACGGGGUUGCCUUAUCGGAUUCAUGUCAAUCAGAGCACAGUUGAUGUUUUGAAGAGCUUGAAGCUGGGAUACAAGAUUACCACAAGAGGCCUGACAGAGCUAAAGGGGAAAGGUGUUGAAAACACAUACUGGUUAGUCGGGAGAGAGGACUUUACCAAACCACUGCCUAUUCCACCAGACCUUCAAGGGGGAAGUAACCACGGUAUUAGUUUAGAGGAAAUACCAGUAGAUAGACGGCAGAAAUUUUUGGAUCGACAAAAGAAGAUGGGGUAAACUGACAAUGACUCUUUUUUAUAAAUGAGUGUCCCCACAAACUCCAGGACAAUGUGUGACUGCAUGUGGAGGACAUCAUGAAGACAAGUGCAUCAAGACACUUGUCUUGAUGCACCCCCCCCCCUCCCCCAGAUUUAUACUGUGUGAUAAGUCUGUAGUUGGUACAAGUACACAAGAACUUUACAUAAACAUAUCCAUUUUAUUUUUUAACUAUAAUCAGUGAGAGUUAAACAGUCCAUACAUUCUUUUUGGAUACAGUGUUCUUGUUUUUCUUUCCUAAAUGACACCUUUACGAGUGAAACCCCUGGUACUGUCACACAUACAGAGCCUUCUGCUGUUCAGUACAGCUGGACAGUAAAGACAUGGAGUUAUCUUCUGUUCUUCUAAGCCCAAAACUUGUGAAGAGGCAUACUUAUGGACCAAGGAGCAGUUUUCAUUGAGCCUCCACGCCUUGGGGAACUCUGUAUUUAGUUAGUUUGUUUUGUGCCCUGCAGAGGUUGGGUGCUCCUACAGGAGUAUUUUCUGCUUGGUUUCCCUUCACUCCAAACACAAAGGGUGUCCUCAGCUUAACAGGAGACGUGGCUACAUUGAGCUCAAAGGGGAUUUUUCUGUUUAAGACAUGUCCCACUCUGCUAUGGCAUCACUAAAGGCACUGUGGCACUGAAGCAAGCAACAAGAAUGUGUCAGAUUUUUUAAAGACAGAAUCAUUUUAGUUUUUUCUUUCCUUUUUUCUCUGGAAUCAUUUUGUUCUUCUUGAUCAUGGGCACUGCUUUUCCGGAAUCAAAAAUGACCAUAUUGAUUUGUAAGUGACACAGCAGUCAUUGGUAAAUAACAGAUACAAAGGCAACACCAAGAACAUGCAUCAAUACAAUUAAGUUUGAAAUGAUUAUUAACGUAUAUAAUUCUCUCUAGGGUCUAAUUCAAUUUGCCAAAGAGGUAAUGCUUCUGUAUAUAAAUUGACUGAAAUGGAUGAUGAUCUGUAAAUAAAUACUUGUUAUAGUGGAAAUUAUGUGUUUUUGUACUACUCAGAAAUGGUGUGCAAAAAUUGAUCUAUGUGAGCCCAGUCACUUAGAUUACCCAUAACAACAACCUAUCACUGAGAGAGGUAAUUGUUAUUUUUGACACUUGCAAGAGGACAAUUGGAUCACUGGAAAGGUUGCUGUAACAUUAGUUAAAAAAAAAUGUUAUUCAUGCUCCAUUUAUUUCUAACGUGGGCAAUCUUCCAAAGUCAAUAAGCGACACAAAACUGUUGAUUCAAAGUAGAAGUAAGGUGUUAUUUUAGUGCAGCCAAUUUAUUCUUGAACAACAUGUAAACAUAAAUAUGUGAGUUUUUACAAAACAGGACUGAGAAAACAUUUUGUCUGGCUGAAAUGUGUAUUGCGAUAAAUAAAGUCUGUCUAUAUAGUAUUUACUUCAGAAGUGACCAGUGGGACCUUUACGUAUGACCCCCAUGAUUUACUAUUGCUUUUCUUGUGUCUUUGCGCACACGGUGCAACACCCAGCGCGUGAAAGUCCACAUACCACACAGGCCCUGUGUAUGCGGCGAACACGGUGUUCCUCUGCGCAACCCCUCACAUAUGACUGGCACCGGCUCCAAGGUGCCAGUCUCUCAGCGGAGUCAAGUUCGCCACGCGCACCGACAGAGAGAG